AUGCGAUACUCCGCAGCUUAUUUACUUGCUAUCUUAGGUGGUAAUCCAUCACCAGAUGUUGCUGCAAUUGCCAAGAUUAUGGGUAGUGUUGGAAUCGAAUGUGACGAACAACGUGCUCAAAAAGUAAUCGAUGCCUGCAAAGGUAGAGAUGUUAACGAAAUUAUUGCUGAGGGCUUGAAAAAAAUAGAUGGUAUUGGAUUGACAAGUACACCUAUGGUAACUCCUACACCUACACACAACCAAACAGGUGUUCAUACAGAACCAUCGGACCCAAAUGAUGUUGUAAAUUCAGGCACUAGCACACCUUCAACUCCUGGUAGCGAUCCAGGCAUGUUUGACUUAUUUGAAUAA